AUGGACAAGAUGGUGAGCAAGAUCAAGAGUUUGGAGAAGAAGGUUUCUGGUUCUUCAAGCAAGAAGAAGAAGUCCAAGGCUCCACACUUCCCUAGGAGUAGGUCACUCCUCACCACUCCAAGAAGGCUCCCUGCCCAAGAGCCUCACAGAGCCUCUCUUUCGAGCCAAGGGAAGGAGAGGACAACACGCAGAGAAGGAGGAAGAGUUCCAAGACGCUCCAGCUCGACCACUCGAUCGAGUCCAAACAGAGGAAACUCACUCGAUCGAGCUGAGGGUCGAGUUGACCUGGAGGAGCCCUGUUUGAGAACCCUGGGAUUCGAGUACGAUUCAACCCAGUACCAGGACUUCUCUCAGACCUCUGGACUCCCUACAACCGCUUCGAGCGAGCCAACUCCACCAAGGCCAAGGAAGCCACACCCACUUUGA